AGGAAGUGAGAGAACUGAGAGCCGGCAGCGAGCUGAGCUGAGUGUCGGCCUCUGCUCCCAGUUCUCCCAGCUCCCAGGGUGGCACGCGGCCACUUCAACCGGCCCGUCUUCAGGUUCCCAGGGCCCGUGGCCACCAGGAUGCUAUGGGCGCUGCCCAUGAAUGACAACAAGCCCUGAAAGCUCGGGGGGCGUCACGCAGUCCCACAAGCCUGCAUGCCCCACAGCCGAGAUGGGAAGGUGGCCAGCCAGCUGGGAGCAAGAGAUGCAGAGCACCGUCAAUUACCUGUGGCACACGGAUGACCUGCUGGGUCAGGGGGCCACUGCCAGUGUGUACAAGGCCCGAAACAAGAAAUCCGGGGAGCUGGUUGCUGUGAAGGUCUUCAACACGGCCAGCUACCUGCGACCCCGCGAGGUGCAGGUGAGGGAGUUUGAGGUCCUGCGGAAGCUGAACCAUCAGAACAUCAUCAAGCUCUUUGCGGUGGAGGAGACGGGGGGCAGCCGGCAGAAGGUGCUGGUGAUGGAGUACUGCUCCAGCGGCAGCCUGCUGAGUGUGCUGGAGAGCCCUGAGAACGCCUUUGGGCUGUCCGAGGACGAGUUCCUGGUGGUGCUGCGCUGUGUGGUGGCCGGCAUGAACCACCUGCGGGAGAACGGCAUCGUCCACCGAGACAUCAAGCCCGGGAACAUCAUGCGCCUGGUCGGGGAGGAGGGGCAGAGCAUCUACAAGCUGACGGACUUUGGGGCAGCCCGGGAGCUGGAUGACGACGAGAAGUUCGUCUCGGUCUACGGCACCGAGGAGUACCUGCACCCUGACAUGUAUGAGCGGGCGGUGCUUCACAAGCCCCAACAGAAAGCUUUUGGGGUCGCCGUGGACCUCUGGAGCAUUGGGGUGACCCUGUACCAUGCGGCCACUGGCAGCCUGCCCUUCGUCCCCUUUGGAGGGCCCCGACGCAACAAGGAGAUCAUGUACCGGAUCACCACGGAGAAGCCAGCCGGGGCCAUUGCAGGCACUCAGAGGCUGGAGAACGGGCCCCUGGAGUGGAGCUACACACUCCCCAUCACCUGUCAGCUGUCCAUGGGGCUGCAGAGCCAGCUGGUGCCCAUCCUGGCCAACAUCCUGGAGGUGGAGCAGGCCAAGUGCUGGGGCUUCGACCAGUUCUUUGCGGAGACCAGUGACAUCCUGCAGCGAGUUGUCGUCCACGUCUUCUCCUUGCCGCAGGCCGUCGUGCACCACGUCUACAUCCACGCGCACAACACGAUAGCCAUCUUUCUAGAGGCCGUGUACAAGCAGACCAACGUGGCCCCCCAGCACCAGGAGUACCUCUUUGAGGGUCACCUCUGUGUCCUCGAGCCCAGCGUCUCAGCACAGCACAUCGCCCACACGACAGCAAGCAGCCCCCUGACCCUGUUCAGCAUGGUCAGCGAGACCCCCAAGGGGCUGGCCUUCAGGGACCCUGCUCUGGACCUCCCCAAGUUUGUCCCCAAAGUGGACCUGCAGGCAGAUUACAACACGGCCAAGGGUGUGUUGGGUGCCGGCUACCAGGCCCUGCGGCUGGCACAGGCCUUGCUGACAGGACAGGAGCUGAUGCUUCGGGGGCUGCACUGGUUCGUGGAGGUACUCCAGGCCACGUGCAGGCGGACGCUGGAGGUCACGAGGAUGGCCCUCCUCUUCCUCAGCAGCAGCCUCGGCACUGAGAGAAAGGGAGAGACAGGGGAGGAGGACAUCAAGCUGGAGGGUCUGGAGAUAAGCAGGAAGACUCCACUGGCCAACGCGCUGCUGAGAAGGCGGCAGGGGCUACGGUACAGGUUCAGCAACGUGGCUGGGGUGCCUGAGAUCCAGGAACUGAAGAGGGCCGCAGAGCUGAGGUCCAAGCUGCGGACCUUGGCUGAGGUCCUCUCCAGAUGUUCCCAUAAUAUCACAGAGACCAAGAUGACCCUGAGCAACCUGAGCUCUGAGCUGAUGAAGAACCGGGAUCAGCAUCCAGCAGAUUCAGUGCUGUUUGGACAAGAUGUAUCUCAUUUACAAACAGUUCAAGAAAUCCAGGAUGAGGCCAGGGCUUGGCUACAACGAGGAACAGAUUCACAAGCUGGAUAAGGUGAAUUUUAGUCAUUUAGCCAAAAGGCUCCUGCAGGUGUUCCAGGAGGAGCGUGUGCAGAAGUACCAGGCAUCCCUGGUCACGCAUGGCAAGAGAAUGAGGUAACAUUGGCCCUCACUCUUGAACUCAUGGUCCCCAGGGCCCUCCUGGCCUGGCCCUUCCUGGCUUCAGACAGCCCUGGGCUUUGCAGAGCCCCGACUGAGAGGGAGGUGGUAGUAAAGAACAAAAGCGAAAAAAAAAAAAAAGUGGGGGUGGUUUUUUGGCUCUGGGUGGACCAGGUAGGAUGCUGGGUGAUUUCUAUACAUUAACUCAUUUAAUCCCGCAAUGUCUACCCUAUGCAGUGGAUACUAUCACCCCAUUUCACAGAUGAGGAAACUGAGGCUCAGAGAACAGGUUGCUUCCUUAAUACGACACCGCUAGUAAAUAGCAGACCCAGGACUGGCACAUGGGUAUGACUGCCUCUAAAAUCUAGAUUCUUUCCAUGUCCCAGGUGGUUGUGUUCAGAAGCCCCCUCUCUGGGGAAAACACAAGAUCCCUCUGGGAUGAGGACAAGUGGCCUGGGAAGCAGGGGCAGGCAGAGGCCCUUAUGUAGAACCCCCCUUGCACACUGUCCCUUAUAGGAGUUUUGGCUUCUGCCUCUCAGACAAGUGCCUUCCCCCUUCCCCUCCUGAGACAAGAGGACAGUUUCCCAGGUGCUGCUGGUUCUGUGGCCCACGUGACCUGUGGGCUUAUUAUGGGGCUGAGACUCAGACACUCACCUACCCUUACAUUAAAAUACCGUUUCCAUCUCCCCCAGCCAAGCCACCCCAAAUUCUGACUUAAUUGGUCUGGAGUAGGGCUUGGAUGGCAGUAUUUAAAUGCUCCUUGUGUGAUUCUAAUGUGUAACCAGAGUUGAGGAUGGACCACUGGUCGAACCCCUCCAGGACUUCAUGUAUGUUUUGUGCCGUGGGGCAGUGUUCUUCCUCUCUCCCUCCACUUAGAGAGAGAAGAGAAUUCAUAACAGAGUCUUCACUUUGAUCUGCUCUGGAAAUGGGAACGUGGGCAGUUCCCGUUUUAAGUGUGCCAGUGCAGGCGGUCCCUGCCUCUCCAGAGCCUGAGCCGGGCCCUUGCUCACCCUUGCCGGCUUGUGUGGCCCGGCCUGACACAGGUGUAUUCGCAGCUCCCACUGUGGUUCCGCCAGGACCCUCACUAGCCCCGGUCAGAGUGCUCAUCAGCAUCCUUACCUGGGACAGGUGAGGGCUGAGGGCACAGCUGGAAGGGCAGAGGCAGCGAGGGAGGCCAGUGCCUGGCACCCACCAGCUCCAGCCUCUGCCGCCUGGAAAACCUCUCCUCCGUGUCUGUGUGGUGACCGAACUGCUGGGGGGGCCCCGGUGAGAAUGAGUAGGCCAGGCUCUGACAUUUCUCUGCUCUCUUGAGGGUGGUGCAUGAGACCAGGAACCACCUGCGCCUGGUGGGCUGCUCCGUGGCCGCCUGUAACACAGAA